CAGACUGCAGGAAUACAACAGAAUACAGCUGAGCCGCUGAUCGGUGAACUUGAAGCAGUCUUGUGUUUCAUCAAUUUAUGCGCACAGCACCUCCUGACGGGCUCAUACCUCUGCUGGCGGCACGGUGAAAAAGAUGCACCUCGAAAUGACUCUCCUUCCGAUUGUUGCUAUGCUCUUCUUGCCAGGAGCAUGGGGUCAGAGCGGCGGCAGCGCGCUUGGCUUGGUGGUGGAGGCCACGAACAUCACCCUCCCUGCAGGGUCCAAGGCCGUUCUGCCCUGCCACAGCCCCCGCAUGGUGUGGACCCAGGACAGACUGAAGGACCGUCAGAGGGUGGUGCACUGGGACUUGGUGCGCAGCAGCCCAGAGUAUUCUGUGGAGCGAAUCCUUGACAUGUCCCCUGGAGCCCGUCAGAGGGUCUACAAUGGCUUCAACAAGGGACGCAUUUCAGUCCCAGACUCUGCUUUCAAUGACGGCAACUUCUCUCUUAUCAUCAACAAUGUUGUCACAACUGACAAAGGAGUUUAUACUUGUAAUCUGCACCAUCACUACUGCCAGAUUCACCAGUCCAUUCAAAUCCAACUCAAUGUCACUAAAUCAGCUCGAAAGGAGAGACGUUACUGGGAUGGAGAGAGGACUGUGUUCGUGGUCUUGUUGGGCAAGUCAGUGGUAUUGCCCUGUGUGAACCGGCGCUCCCUGUGGAGAGAAGGCCUCCAGGAGGAUCAGCAGCAAGUGGCUCACUGGGACUUCCAGCCUCCUGGCGUGCGUCCUGACAGGGCUGGCCGCCUGGUGGACCUCUAUGCCUCCGGAGAGCGCCGGGAUUAUGGGCCGCUCUUUGGACAGAGCAAGAUGAACGUGGAGGAGGACGCUUUCACUUUAGGAGACUUCUCACUGUCUAUUUCUAACUUGAAGCCCGUUGAUAAAGGCCUGUACUCCUGCCACCUGCAUCACCAUUACUGUGGUCUGCAUGAGAGACGCAUCUUCAGGCUCACUGUGGGACCUCCGCUUCCAUCCGACCCCACUACAGCACCCAGGGUUUUCCAGAAUGAUGUGCCAGUGCCAAGGACUGAAGUGGUGGAGGGUCCACGUGUGGUGAAUGUCAUCCUCCCCGAGCAUCGUGGUUAUUUCGUGCAGCAUUUGGGCUACUUCCUGGCAACCUUCUUACUGCUGGCGUUCAUCGUUGUCGCUGUCAUUGUGCUGACUCGACGACGCAAAAAGCGAGGUCUGGAGUAUGACCUGCGUCGACCUGAUCAGGGACAUGUGAUGGGUGGAGGUGAAAUGUCAUUAGACUGCACAGAGCUGAGGACCUGUAACCAAGAACCUAUGAAUUCAGAACACAAAAACAACCUACUGAAAGAGAGAGAUAUGGCCAAAGACUGCAAUAAUGACUUUGUGAAGCUGUGGAAGUGAGAACAAUAUUUCUGAGAUGCUGCUGGCAGGUCCAGGGCAAUCACCGGAAGAGUAAAGGACUGUGGAGAGAAGGGGGGAAAAAGAGGAAACCCAGGAGAGGACAGGAGGAAUGCUCCCUCUGCUGUAACUCUAACACACUAAAAGCUUUUUCCACUAAAAGCCAACACAUUUUUUUAAGUCGUUGUUUUUAAUAUAACUUGCAUUUUCACCAGCUCUUAUAACAAUACGGUUAAACAUAUAUUUGAUCCUUAUUCUUUGCAUUCAUUGAAUAGUUUAUGUUGAAUAUUAGGCUUUUUUUUUAUCAUUAUUUUUUUUCUUUUACAAAAUUGCAUGCUGUUUAUUAAAGUAUGUUUUAUGUGUACUGUGCAUGCCUACAGAGCUGUAAGCUCGCAUCUUUUUGAGAUUUGAUCAUUUUGUUUUUUGCACAAAUUCUGCUGUACUGUAAUAUGUAAAGGAUUUGCAUCAUGUUUCAAAGGUAACAUUUGUGUCGGUAGACAGUUGAUAGUUUCAGACAGUGUUUGGAAACAAGUGCCACACAUUUCUAGCUGCAUAAUAAGACUUUUUUUUUUUUUUUUUUUUUUCAAAACUCAACUGUGGUGAUUAUGUAUUUUAGAAAUGCGGACUGCCAGACUUCAUUUCUUUUUCAAAUAAUAUUUUUGUUCCCAAAUGGUUCCUUGGUUCCUUAUCAAGUGAAAAAUAGUGAAAUUAUACAAUCAUGGACUAAAGGCCCAGUCUACCAAAACUCAGGUAAAAACAAUCUUUUACCCAUUUAUUUUGUUUUAAUGGGCUGUGCAGGAGGCUUGCUUGUUUGUAUCAAGCAUGCAUAAAGUACCGAGGUUUGUAAAACACUGACUUUUCAUUACUAAACCUGCUGAUGCAGGUAUAAAAUCUGUUAAAAAUGUGCGGCAGUAGCUUGAUGAGGUUUAUUGCAGGAAGAAGAGUGUCUACCAUCUCAGUAAUGCUAAAUCACAAACUGUAAUCCUAACUCUCUGAUGUUGGUCUCUUUUAAGAAAAUAUGUCUUCUAAUAAAGAUUAGCAACAGUG